AUGAUAGUGGUUGAGGAGUAUGAGCACUUGGAAGAACAGCUGGCACACAAACAUCUAGAGGAGAAGUACGACGGAGAGAAGGUGACCCCGAGAGGAGCAGAGGAUAGACAUCAAUUGUGGGAGCCGCGGCGGAAAGGUCAACCAGAUGCGGCACAGAGAAUCUGGAUAUCACAACGUCUAACCAACGCCUCCGCAGGAAUAUAA